CGUCAACAAUCCGCUUUCGUUAUUGUGGAAAGAGCUGAGCAGUCAAUCGGUUGUAGAAGAAGUGCGUCGUAUACUAUAUAAUUUUGUGCUCGUAAAAACCUUUUAGAAUAUCACAGACUUGCAGGUGCUCAGUGUGUGUUGGUGCUGUAUGACGAAGAAGAUCUAGAUCCUUCAAAAACAAAUUCUUUAGAGCUUACAAUAAACUGUAGAUUUCUGGAUUUUGUUCUUAUUCCAAGUUCAUAUAUAAAUAUUGAAGAUGUGCGACGAUGAUGUGGCUGCUUUGGUUGUUGACAAUGGAUCUGGAAUGUGCAAAGCCGGAUUUGCGGGAGAUGACGCUCCAAGGGCCGUCUUCCCAUCUAUUGUUGGAAGACCUCGCUAUCAGGGCAUAAUGGUAGGCAUGGGUCAGAAGGAUAGUUAUGUUGGAGAUGAAGCCCAGUCUAAGAGAGGCAUCCUGACAGUAAAGUACCCCAUUGAACAUGGCAUUGUUACCAAUUGGGAUGACAUGGAGAAAAUCUGGCACCAUACAUUCUACAAUGAGCUGCGGGUGGCACCAGAGGAGCAUCCUGUGUUGCUAACUGAAGCACCACUUAAUCCAAAGGCGAACAGAGAGAAGAUGACACAGAUUAUGUUUGAGACUUUCAACACACCUGCAAUGUAUGUGGCUAUUCAAGCUGUUCUUUCCUUGUAUGCAUCAGGAAGAACUACAGGUAUUGUGUUGGAUUCAGGGGAUGGUGUCUCUCACACAGUACCUAUAUAUGAAGGAUAUGCACUGCCUCAUGCAAUUCUUCGCCUGGACCUGGCUGGUCGAGAUUUAACAGAUUACUUAAUGAAGAUUCUCACAGAGCGGGGAUACAGUUUCACAACCACAGCUGAACGUGAAAUAGUUAGGGACAUCAAGGAAAAACUGUGCUAUGUUGCACUUGAUUUUGAGCAAGAAAUGGCUACUGCAGCUUCAUCUAGCUCAUUGGAGAAGUCAUAUGAACUACCUGAUGGACAAGUGAUUACUAUCGGAAAUGAGAGAUUCAGGUGUCCUGAAGCUAUGUUCCAGCCAUCAUUCCUAGGUAUGGAGUCAUGUGGUAUCCAUGAGACAACAUACAACUCCAUCAUGAAGUGUGAUGUUGAUAUUAGAAAAGAUCUGUAUGCCAAUACAGUACUUUCAGGGGGAACGACUAUGUACCCUGGUAUUGCAGACAGGAUGCAAAAAGAAAUAACAGCUCUAGCACCCUCAACAAUGAAGAUAAAGAUCAUUGCACCUCCAGAAAGGAAAUAUUCUGUAUGGAUUGGUGGCUCCAUCUUAGCAUCUUUAUCCACAUUCCAACAAAUGUGGAUUUCAAAGCAGGAAUAUGACGAGUCUGGGCCUUCAAUUGUACACAGAAAGUGCUUUUAAAUAUUUAUAACUAAAAAUAAUUUCCGUUAAACAAUGUUGUAAUAAUUUAUAAACAUAAAAAGUCUAUUUGUGGGACAGGUGGCAAUUAACUUAUUGUGAAAAAUCUUUGUAUUAAACCAAUUUUGUGCAUUGUCUAUAUACCAUUGAUUGUUGCAUAGAUACUGAAUUCAAUAAAGAGAU